AGUCUUUAAAAAUCCUGACUUUCUUUCCACGCCACCACCAACCAACCAACCAACCAACCAUUCCAUUUCCAUGCUCUUCUCAUCUCUCAAUAAUGAAAUCUCUGUUCUGCACUUCUCCAAUCACAUUUACAAUUUCACCCCUCCAACCCUCAAGUUCCAAUUCCACCACAUUUGCUUUUGCUUCUCUUACCUCCAAUUUCUUGGUGUCGUCACUGCAAUUUCGGACAACCCAACACCAACAUUCAUACAAUGCUCUGAACUCUCUUUCUCCUUCAGAGGGAGAAGAUUUAGAUGCUCAAGUCGAAGACCUUAGGGUUCCAGAUCACUGGUUGCUCCCUUCUAAGGCAUUGGAGUGUUUGAUUGUAGAUGUAUUAUACAACCACCAUUUUGGUCUACCUCAUAGUGAACUUGAGACUUUAUGUGUUAAGGAGUCAGAGUGGCUAAGGAUCACUCUACACAAAUGGUUGGAUGAUGAGUACUGUCCAGAACCCACCAAUGUAGAAAUAAGCAAGGUUGCUUCUUACUGCUACUACAAAUGUUUGAUAGAGAGACAAACCGACCUCGGCGAGAUUCUGUUGAAGAUGGCCAGAGAAUUGGAAACCAUUUCGUAUCAAGAGAGCUUUCAUGGCGCAUUCUCAUCAGCCAAUGCAGCAAUCAACUUGAUUGCUCAACGGAUAAACCAACCACACUUGUCUUAAACUUAUUCAAAGGUUUGAACCCAAUUGCGUAGCUGAAUUCUCUCUCUCUCGCUCUCUCUCUCUAUAUAUAUAUAGUAUCAUUAAACUCAUUUUUGUUUAUGCUACAUAGUUGAAAGCACCAUUGUUGUGAACAAGGUCUACAUGAAAAUCUAACACUUAGAUCAACCUAUUACUCAAAAAAGACAAUAAAUGUGCUUUUUUGUUUGUUUUUAA